GACGCGUUCGGUCGACCACGACCGAGUUCAUCACGUCCACUUGCAACAAAUCACAUUCUUACCACGUCUCCCGGGAACGGCGUUCACAGCAGCACCAGCCACCGCCCGACCACCGUACGGUUCGAUCUCGUCCUCGCGUGUCCUCCGCGCCGGGUCUCACACACGUGUCCUCCGCACCGCCCACGUACGGUGACCAUCGCGACGUCGGUCCUUUUCUUUUAUCCUUUUUUUGAAAAUUGUUUUCGCCUCCCGUUCUCGCGAUUCCAACAGCAGUCGAGUUCCUGACGCCAACGUGCUCGCGCGCGUCAUGCUGCACUGCGACCGUCGAUCGAUCGGUCCACGCGGAAAACCCAAGUAGCCGUCGUCGUAAGCCACAGAAAAUAUUUAUCAUCUGACUGAUAUAAUACCAAGAUAGUCUUCAGUGCAACGAAAUUCUGUGUACUUCCAAAACGUUCUCGAGCAGUGAACUAAUAACAAAAAAUAUUCUUCAAAAUGGCCAACUCCACAUCAGUAACUAAGUGCACAGAUUUCUCCGUGUCCAGUCUUUGUCGAGAUAUGAAAACAUCGCCUCCUGAUCCAGCAAUCGUUAUCGGCGGUACCGGCAACAAUAUGAAAUUGACCCUGCCUCUUGCCGCUUGCGCACCAUUUUCAUCCAAUGGACCAAUUGCGACCACAGCCACCGGUAGACCGCAGUCGUCCGCGUCGCCGUCGUCGUCUCCAUCACCGGCCACUCUACGUGAAUUGUACGCCAUGGCGGCCAGCCAACAGCACCAACAGCACUCGCGGCUGCUCGAGCUGUCCAACAGGUACCGCGGGUAUCCAGAUAUCGCUCAUCACGUUUUCAAUCAACAAGGAGCCGUCACCAAGCUGCUGGGAACCUUAAGACCACCUGGGCUGAUCGGUGGAAGUAAGCCCAAGGUAGCUACGCCGGCGGUGGUGUCGAAAAUCGAAUUCUACAAACGCGAAAAUCCAACAAUAUUCGCUUGGGAGAUACGCGAAAAGCUCAUAUCCGAAGGAGUGUGCACCAACGGCACGGCACCAUCGGUGAGCAGCAUCAACCGGAUAUUGCGGAACAGGGCGGCCGAGAGGGCUGCAGCCGAGUUCGCCCGGGCCGCCGGUUAUGGGCUGUACCAGGUGUCACACCCGUACGCGUCCUUCCCAUGGCCACCGCAUCCGCACGGGCUGUGGCCGGGCGUGACGGCCGCGGAUGGAUCGACCACCGCCGCCGCGUCGUCCGCGGCCGGACUUCCGCACCACGGGCCGGCCGGCGCGUCCAACAAGAACGCGACGCUGCAAAUGAUCGCCGCCCAUCAACCAUGCGGCGUCAUGUCGCCUAGGGAUCUGAUGCCCAGGCUCUUAGGCGACGGAGCCGGCGGCGUGGACGGCUGCAAAGACGACUUGGAAAGCGUAGGCAGUGGCAGCGGGUCUGAGCAACCGAAGUUUAGGCGCAACCGGACCACGUUCAGCCCAGACCAACUGGAUGAGUUGGAAAAGGAGUUCGACAAGAGCCACUAUCCGUGCGUGAGCACUCGCGAACGGCUGGCCGCCAAAACCAGUUUGUCUGAAGCAAGAGUCCAAGUGUGGUUCUCGAACCGGAGGGCAAAGUGGCGGCGGCACCAACGCAUGAACAAAUCGCGUCGGUCGGGCGUGGCGGCCGCGUCAACCGUGUCGGGCGGCAGCAGCGGUUCGGCGGCGGGUACGCCCACGCCACCGGUCCCGGGGUCUACCGGUGGUGCGUCCACGGGGGGAACGGACGGUGGCGCGGGCGUACCGCCUUGCCCGGUCGCGGUGGCCAGGUGUCUGCUGGGCGGUGGCGAGAACAGCGCUUUCCGAUCGCUGAUGCCGCAGCAGCAGCACCACCACCUCCAACGACAGGUCGAGCACCAGCAACAGCAGCAGCAGCAGCAGGGAUAUGCGGCGUCCGAUACGUCCGAAGAGAUAAACGUGACGACGGACGACGAAGGCGACGACUGCGGUGGCGGCGGUGGCGGUAGUGGUGACGCGGACAGGGACGAACAGGCCACCGCCGGACACGUGGUCGACGAUCCGAUGGACGACGUGGACGGGUCGGACGAAUCGUCGUCAUACAACAACAACAACAACAACAACAAUAACAACAAUAACAACAACAACGAAAACGACAGUGGCAGCGGAAAAACAGUGGGCUCGGCGUCGCGCCGCGCCCCGUCGCCGGCCACACAUUUCGCCGCCGACCGACCGCCGUUCUUCGGACAUCACCUGCAACUACCAGCCGACCCGAAGCGGCCCGUCGACCAUGUCCAGCAGCAGCAUCACCACCAGCACCACAACAACGUGCUGUCCACGAUAGCCUCGUGGCGCGAAAUGGCCGCUUUCACAGCUUUGCAUCACCGGGCCCUGGAACAGGGAGCGAUCAAAGCAGCGGCAGCGGCCGCGGCCGCCGCGACCCAGCCGUUGCAACUGACCAAGUACGACAAGGACCGAGCGUAGGUCGCCGUGACACAGGUGCUACGCUCACGGGCGUGGUCGAGAGGAGAACGAGAAACGUUUUCGUAUUGUAAUUUUUUUUUUUUUUUUAUCUUCUUUUUUAUCAAACAGGAUUAUCAACAGGUGGUAGAAAAACGUAAUGUUAUUUAUGUGUAUGUACAUUUAUAUGUUGUAGCCUUUUCAGAUAAUCUUUCGAGUACGUUUCGGAAAUAUUUUACGCGUGUAUAUAUAAAAAUGAUUGUACAUAUUAUGCACCAGUCGGAGAAACGGUCCUAAAUUAUUACCCUUAAGGAGCAAUUAGAUACUAUGCCCAUACGCCCAUCGCGAUCUACUAUCGUUCAAUACGAGUUUUUAUACCUUUUGUAGUUUCGCGUCUUAAAACGAUCAAUGUUAAUUUUCCUUGCGAAUGCCUCAAAACGGUAAAAUAAUAGAAUCGUUGCAACACGAAAAGGAGAAAUUCCAAAAAAAAAAAAAAAAAA